GCUUUCAACAAGAUGGCAAUGGACCGGGAGAUCGUGACCUUCGGCCACGGCCGAAAGCGCUGCACUGGCGAGCUGCACGCGCGGUCACAGAUCUCGGCGCUGCUGGCUUCUUUCGUGAUGAGAUUUGACAUGGAUCUCGUCACCGACGAAGCAGACAACAGGAUGCCGGAGGACCACGACGGCCCCUUCGUUUUUGACACCGCCAACACCCUGAAGUUGGUCAACCUGCGCGCUAGAUCAGGCGAUGCCGGCCAGACGACGGCCGCCGCGGCCUCCGUGGCCGUCGCGGCUUUGUCAGGUCGGCUUUCCUCCGCCUCCGAAAACUCCUCGGGCUCCUCCUGUCCGUUUA